AUGAAAGCAGUUCUGAUCUUCCUGUUGGCUGGAGUCCUGUUUGUACAGCCAAAUGGCUCACUCAGGUGUUACACCUGCAACACACAAUUCAACAUUGACAACUGCAAAACAGCGGUAAUCUGCAAGGAACAGGCGAGAGCGUGCAAAACAGAUGUGAUCAAUACAGUGGGGUUCCUCAACAUCAUCUCUAAGGAAUGUGUUUCAUCCUGCAAUAUGUACUAUAAGGACUUCUUCCUGGGCAAAAGAAAUAUCUCCUGCUGCUCCACCGAUCUCUGCAACGCUGGUGGCAUCUCCGCCUUCCGACCCAACUGCACCCAGAUGGUGAUGGUGGUUUUCAUCAGCUUUGCCUGCAUUAUUCUUGGCAGUGUACUGUGA